AAAAACUGUACAACUCCAGUGGGCGAGAUUUAAGAAGGGCGCUUUUCUCCCUGAAGCAGAUAUUUCAGGAUGACAAGGAUUUGGUGCAUGAAUUUGUGGUGGCUGAAGGUCUGACGUGUUUGAUCAAGGUGGGAGCCGAGGCGGACCAGAACUAUCAGAACUACAUUCUGAGGGGAGUCAAACCCUGGUCAAAUAUCAUGGAAAUCCUGGAGGAAAAAGAUGGGGUCGACACAGAGCUGCUGGUUUAUGCGAUGACUUUAGUGAACAAGACUCUGUCGGGAUUGCCAGACCAAGACAGCUUCUACGAUGUGGUGGACUGCCUGGAAGAACUGGGCAUUGCGGCCGUGUCCCAGCGGCACUUGAACAAAAAAGGGACCGACCUGGACUUGGUGGAGCAACUGAACAUUUACGAGGUAACAGCAGGUACUUUCUUGAUGGCAUCGUGUAGCUUGUCAGAGGCUGAGGUGAACACAAUCGAGACGGGUGGUUCUGAGUGUGGGGUAGCAGCGUCCACAACUCCUGGGAGUUUACAAAACUGUGUUCUUUCCUUUUCAGCCAGCUGGAGUGUUGUGUUGUGUUUUGUUUUUUUGCUUCAUCUUCCUGUUUGUCAUGCUUAUCUCGCUUUUCCAUCUCGUGUCUGUGCAUUUCUCUUUUCCCCGCCUUGUCUCAGGGAAGAGGAGAAGGAGGAAGAGGAACGGCCAGUCACGGAGCCCGAUUCAGAGGAAGAGAGAGAGGACGAUGCCCCCUGUCAGGGCAAGGACAGCAGAGAGGCCAGACCUGCCUCGGAGCAGAGUCCCGCUGGCAAGGAUGCUGCUCCCGAGAGCUCAGCCCUCUCCAGUGCCACUUCGCAGGGAAAGCAGCUUCUGGCCAGCACUGCAGUGGGGAGUCCCUUGCGCAGCGGGUCCUCCGGGGCUGCCCUCCUGUCACCGCCCCUGACCCCUGCCUCGGCCUCCCGGCCCUCCUCCACUGCACCUGAGCCCCCGAAGACAUCACCGACCAUAGAGAAGCUGCCCUAUGUGCCCCACAGCCCUUUCCACCUCUUCUCCUACGACUUCGAGGAUUCGCCCUUGUCCGCCAAGGAAAAGGAGGCCGAGUCCCCGAAGGAAAGCAGUCCCUCUGAUUCUCUCCAUUUGGGCACGUAUUCUGCCUCUGAACCUUACAACUUCCGGUCUUUCUCUUCUAAUAGAUACAACAGCCUUGGCAACACCUCUUACCACUCAAGACCUUCUGGAUCUGCUGUGCCCGCCACCCCCACGCCAUCUCUCUCACCUCCACAGGAGGCCAGGCUGGAAAGGACCUACCAGAAGAGAAAAGAAUUGCACGGGUCCAUGGAAGGAAUGUAACUUGGCAAGAGUAUUAGACCACUAGAAAUUAA